UCACCAGAACAACAAGGUGAUAAGACAAACACAGGGAAUUUCCUGGGGGGAUCUCCAAGUGCCUUAGGUGUAAGUAGGCUUAACUCUAACACUGUAUUCGCCACAAUAUGAACCUUUUUAAAAUGAUAUAUUCUGACUUUUGUUUAUAACCUGUUUUUCUCUGAUUAUUAAAUAUCUGUGUGCACGUUUUAUUAAGGCUGAUGACAACAUUGAGGAUGUGGACAAGUUCAAUGUCUUUGUUAGGUGUGCGGGAAAGACCUUGGAUAUAGACAUGUUCCCUCUGGAGAGAAUCGCAGUUCUGCUGGAAAAUGCAUGUCAACAGGCAGGAAAGAAACGCUGCACAAUGAAACUUGUUUACAACGGUAGGCUAUCCAUCUAUCCACCUGAUACAUCCUUUAUGAGUUAAAGCAGUAUGCCAGUUACGUUUAUUUAAUAUGGAUUGUUGUUGUUUUGUUGUUUACCGAUGUCUAACAAGGUAAUGAUAAUCUUACAUAGGCUAGGUAAUUCACAGUUAAAAACUUAGCUGUAAAAUAAUUGUAUACUAAGAUAUAAAUGGAAAGUGUCUUUCUAUAAUAAUAAUUUUCAAAAAAACUUCUAAAAUAUGUGUUUGAUGACUUGUUUGCAGGGGAAACGCUGGAUGAGAACAAAACAGUGAAACACUAUAAACUACGAAGAGGAAACUCAGUCAACCUCAUUCAUGCC